UUUCAAGGAGUGUUGAAUGUAGAUCAAAUUACUAUGCCAUAACUUUUUUUAAUUUAUCAUGUUCAAUGACAUAAACAAUAUUUGACGUAAUACAAUCAUAGAAUGUGAAAAAUGCAUUCAUGGUGUCUUUUUACAUCUAAAAAGAAUCAAGGUAAACACUGUCUACCUAUAAAACACAGAGUCGAAAUACACACAGAGAAUAUGGUUGGUAUGUAACAUACAUUGGUCUGUAUACAAAACAGUGACAUUAGUAUAUGUUCACUGAAGUCUUCUCUAAAACAUUUAGAAAGAAGAACCAUGAACAUUAUAAAAAUUAUACUCCUUUGGAGCUUAACAGCCUUACAAGAAGCUAAAGCUUAUAGCAAUGAAACGAAAUGUAACGUUCAAAAUACCAUUGUUGAUUGCUGCAAUUUAGUCUUGACCACAAUACCGAGGCACCUACCAGUAAACGCGACUCGUCUGGACUUAAGUAGAAACAGCAUCAAAAUAGUCAGAAGCUUUGCCUUUCAGUCAUUGCGAUACAUCACGGACCUUUAUUUGGAAAGAAAUUUGAUACAAUUAAUCGAGAAAAAUGCUUUCCAUGGGUUACAUCGUCUACGAAGUCUGAAUCUCAACGACAAUUCUAUAAAAUUAUUUCCCAACGGCAUGUUCGACAGAUUGAAUGGUUUACAAGAUUUGUCAAUUGUAGACAAUAAACUACAAUACUUCCAAGAUAAUAAAAUAACAGAAAUAUUAAACAUGAUAAAAAACUUGUCACUGAGGAAACUUUCGUUUGACAUAUAUCCAGAUUUCAAAUUUCCCAGUGAAUGGUGUACGUUAAGUAAGAUGGUCAACUUGGGGAUUUUCGCCAGGUCGGCAAAAGUACAAUUCAACAAGGAAAUGUUCGUUCAUGUUAACGUAUUGCAAAUAAUGUCUCUAUACAUCGAUGUUGUGCCGUUCAUAUCGGAAGAUUUUUUCGAACAUUUUCCUAAAUUAGAUUCAAUAACACUAUCAAUAGGUAGUGAUUUACCUAACAAUCCAAUCGACCAAGUAUUCAAAUCUUUUGGAGUUUUCAGAGGAAGGAACCUGACAAACAUUGAAAUAAAGUCUGGCAGAUUUGAUAACGGGUUUACACUGAAUCACAAGAGAAUGAAGUAUUUAUGGUCAAUUUGUUUGAAACGACUGACAUUGAAUAACCUAUAUAUUAAAGACAUACUUAUAUAUGCGUCGCAAGUAUUUUCUAUUCAAAGCACGUGUCUUGAGUACUUGGAGAUUUCUGAAAAUAUCAUCAUGGACCGGGGAGGUUCUAUUUUUACCGUUUUUCAGAACUUUAAAAGUUUGAAAGUUUUGAAAAUCAAAAGUAAUUGGCGUCGUUCAAGAAGUAAACGCUCGCAGCCAUCACGAUUAUAUACAUUUAAACUCGUAUUACCAAAAACUCUUAAAGAGCUGUAUAUAGAAGAUGACAUGGCUUGUGAUAUGGUCAAUGUUAAAGUAAUAAACGGUCUUAAUCUUCGUGUGGUAAGCUUGAAGGACAAUGACAUCUGGUCAUGCGAAGGAAGUUUUGCAGGAGUUAUAAAUGUAGAGUAUUUUGAUAUGUCUGGAUGGACAUGCGAAAAGCUGUCAAUCAACUUACUAUAUGGCUUUCCAAAUUUAAAGACAUUGAAAGCAAGUAGGUCACUUCUAGGACAUGGAUUUGUCAACACUGCUGGAGCAGGGUCUUUCUUAAGAAAGAAUCUGAGAUUGCAAGAUAUUAAUCUUUCGUCUAAUAAGAUACACAGUAUACCAAAUGGGUUAUUUUUGAAGCCGUUUGAGCAGUUAUCAUCAGUCAACAUGUCACAUAACUAUCUCACAAUAUUUCCUAAAUUUCAUGCUAGGAUAAAAGCAAUGAAAAUAAUUGAUUUGACAUUUAACCGUAUAACACACUUCAAAGACGAUGACAUUGACCAAAUUGAAAAGCUUGAAGAAGUUGAUAUAUUCUUGAGAGGAAACCCAUUUCAAUGUUCCUGUGAAACUUUACAGUUUUUAAAGUGGUUAGGUCAGACAAACCGAGUACCGGAUAUUUUAGAUCUGACCUGUGUAACUGAAAAGGCUUCCCGUAGGUUUAUGUCUGAAGUUAUAUCCAACUUACAGACAUUUGAGAUUUCCUGCAAAACGAAAUUCUGGUUGGCGUUUGCUGUGUCUAUAACUUCCAUUGUGGUAAUUGCCAUAAUAAUAACCGUUAUAUUCUUUCGAUAUAAAUAUGCUGUUGAGUACGUUUUAUUAAGAUUGAAAAUGAAAAUGAAAAAUUACAAAGAAUUGAGGCAGGAAUAUACUUAUGAUGCUUUUAUAUCAUAUAGUCAUACCGAUUCGGGUUGGGUUAAAAAAUUCCAUGACGUAGUAAAAAGUAUGGGCUUCGAAUUAUGUCUGGACGCCAAGGACUUUAUUGCUGGUUACGGUAUAGCAGAAAAUGUUAUCAAUGCAAUCGAUUCCAGCAGAAAGGUUAUAUUCAUUAUAACUCAUGAUUUCUUAAAGAGUACUUGGGGGUCGUAUGAAAUGGAAAUGACUCGCAUGCAUGCUUUUCAGAAGGGAAGAGAAGACAUGGUGAUUAUUGUUGUAAGGGAUAAGAUAAAGGUAAAUGAUAUGCCGGAAAUAUUAAAGAGUAUGUGGUUUAAAAUUACAUGUAUCCAAUGGCCAAACGAUGACAACUUGCCAUACAAUACGAAGGAAAUAUUUUAUGAAAAGAUGAAAAUGUCUCUGAAAAUGAAGGAAGAAACUACUUUAUUAUAUUCUAGAAAUUCAGCAGUAUAGAGCGUUUGUCAUCAUUGCAGUUCAAUAAUCAAAUCUAGAAAAAAUUCUUUGGUUAGUAGCUAUUAUGUUUAUAAUGAUGUGAUAAGAACAAUGACACAAGAGAGAGCAGAAAGAGGACAAAACCAGGCAAUAAUUUGUAUAUAAAUGUGGUCAUAUUCAAAAUAUAACUUUUAAGUAUAUUUAAUGGUUCAUAUGUUGCCUGACUGUUUUCUUUUAUGCUCUAACGCGUCUCACAAUUUUGGUUCAUUUUGAUUGUGCCAUAAAUCGUUUUUAUUUUUUGCAAGGUCAAACUUUUAGUUAUGAACGUUUCUGUGAUUGAUAUUGCAAAAACACGUGUUGUACUCACAGAAUGUCUGGUUUAUUGUUGUUUGUAAUUAGUGUAUAUUAGUAUCAGAUAUCAAAGCUAAUUUAACAUAUAUAUGUAAUUAUGGAUAAGUACAUUUUGAGGACAAAACAAUAUUCGCGUAGGAUAUGCUUGCUUGAUUAGUAAUGUUUAACGAUUGUUUACCUCUAUUGUCCAUAUCGUGGCAGUCAGUUUCUAUUCGUGGAGGAAACCGAAGUACACAGAGAAAACCACCGAAUUCAUAUCCUCCUUGUUGUCAGGGAAGUGCUUGAUAUAGGUGAACUUCUUAGGCCACUCAGCUAACCAGUCCGCGCCGCGUAUAAUAUGAACAUUCCUACCGAUUAUUAAGAUCCUGGUGUGAUGUCGUAAAUUCAUGGGAGAUGUCCGCUGUUAUUCUGCGGUAAACAUGUUGUGAUGUACUAUUAUACUAUUUAUUUAUGUACUUCUCUGUUCUGAGAGUUCUUGUUUGUACGGUAUUCCUCUCACGUAGUGUUGUCAUUUUUAUCGGUAUUUUUAACAUGAGCGGGAGGUUUGGCUAGCCAUAAAACCUGGUUCAGCCAAUUAUUGUUUUCUUAAAAUGUCCUGUACAAAGUCAGGAAUAUGGCAAUUGUUAUAUAUAGUCCUUUUCUAUGUAUGUUGGCGUUUGCUUUUGUUGUAGUUCAGUGUUUCUGUUGUUCAGUUGUUUUCCUCUUAUAUUUGACGUGUUUUCCUCGGUUUAAGUUUGUUACCCGGAUUUUUAUUAUUUUGCUUUAUCGAAUUAUGAUUAUUGAACAACGGUUUACUACCGUUGCCUUUAUUUAACCAUUAAAACAAUUAGAACAAAAGCACUCUUGGAAAAAUAAAACUGAUUUCAUCAUUGCCUUUUCCAGUAUGUCAUGAGUAGUUUUUGCUUUAUCUUUCCAUAAUAAACGAGAAAUGUAUUACAUAUGCAGAUAGAAGAUUGGAAUACUAUUUACUUCAUGCCUUUUAUUAUAAAAUAUAUAACUAGAAAUUUGUUCUUGCAAAAUUUCCAUUUUAAGAUAGAUCAUAGGAUUCUACACCAUGUAAUUCAUUUUCAUUUAAUUUCAAAUUUAAGGAAACUGAACUAUGUUCUUUUUGUUCAUCAAUCAGAAAAAAAUACUGUUUGCAUUUUUAAGAAUGUAAUGUUGUAUUAAAUAUCUUGCUAUCCA